AUGAGGGCUGUGGUGACCGUGGUGUCCCUGUUCCUCCUGGGCAUCCAGGCCCUGGAUCACUGGAGCUACUCAGAUGACUGGCCCACAGAAGAUGAGUGGGCUGAGAAUUACCCUACCUGUGGGGGACAGAGGCAGUCGCCCAUCGACUUGCAGACGGGGAAGGUGGAAUACAACAAGACCUUGAGGUCGCCGAUCCUGGUCAACUAUGAGGAGGAGGAGCUGGAGUUCCCCAUGACUAACAACGGACACUCAGUGGAGAUCGCCCUGCCCGACAGCAUGCACAUGAUAGACUCUGACGGUACUACAUACACAGCUGUGCAGAUGCACUUGCACUGGGGAGGCGGAUUCCCAGAAAUCAGCGGCUCUGAACACACCAUUGAUGGGAUGAGACGUGCAAUGGAGGUUCAUGUUGUUCAUUACAAUGCAAACUACGAGAGCUUUGAGAAAGCCAAGGAGCAACCUGACGGUUUGGCUGUGGUGGCGUUCUUGGUUGAGAUUAACAAUUACGCUGAAAAUACUUACUACAGCAGCUUUAUUUCUGAGUUGGCCAACGUCAGGAACCCAGGAGAAAGCACAACUCUGAAGAAGGUUAACAUCCGGAACAUGCUGCCUCAAGACAUCGAGGACUAUUACACCUACCUCGGCUCGCUCACCACUCCGCCCUGCACAGAGAACGUCAAGUGGUUUGUGUUUCAAGAUACCACCAAGCUCUCCUUGUCCCAGGUCACGAAAAUAGAGAAUUCUAUCAAGAAUCUCAACAACCAGCCCCUUCAAAAUACUUACCGUGAGACCCAGCCCCUCAACGGGAGAGUCGUGGAAGCCAAUUUCCCACCAUGGAAGUCAAAUGUAAUGGCAGUGUCUACCACGCCAAUCUCACUGCGAGGAUUCCUGUUGGAAUCCUGGGAAGUGAUCCUCCUUGCUGCCGGCAGCAAGUCUCUGACUAGCCCAGAGAGAGUUGCCAUCCAUGAGAAGAAAUCCCUGGGCUUCCUGCUGCCACCUGGCCUGGUGUUGGCAGCCCAGCUAAUGGAGCAGUAA